AUAUCCAUGAUGUAGAGACACGAAUCGUACCCGCUUUGUUCUUUUGGGAAUACGCAACUUUUAGACAGAUGUAGUCAGAUAAACAGUUAAUGAAUUUUAAUUGAGGUUCAUUUAGCCUAAAGCAUUGACCUAAUGUUAUUUUUUAUUUCAUUUAAUGACUGAUCGAUGCAUGUUACUGACGUGCGCUUUCCUCCUGUGUUUCUGUUGUCUAAUACAUAGGUACUGCCAUCUAGUGGACACUUGCAGCCAUUGCUCAAUGGGCACUUUAAACAUCAUUGUUGAUAAACUUCUAUUAAAGUGUAUUAUUACACACAGUGCAUACACAAUUUAAUAUUACCUAUUUCUGAUUAUGUCAUUACCUCGCUCACUGUAGCAGUUCUGCCCUCUGCUGACUGUUGAGUAUACUAGUCUAGGAGCAGUAGGGGAGGAGAGGACCCUGGACCUCCUCUUGGUUCAGUCAGGACCCCCAGACCAGUCUGUAGCGAAGCAGUGAAGCAGUACCCAACCAAGUGGACAAGAUGAAGAAGCUUGCUGUGUUUUUGCUCUGCAUGGUCCUGCUGACCACCUAUACAGAGGCCAACCCUAUCAUCAAGGAGAACUUUGCUAAGCAGCUUCUUCGCAGUAAGAGGCAGAAACCUGGUCACCCCGAUGAGCCAAUGAGGGAGCACCUACUGUACAUGCAGGUCCUGGAUCAGAGAGCCCAGGAAACCACCAGGGAAAACUGGCUCAAUCCACACUGCUACCCCCGCUGCAACAAUAACUAUGGCUAUCCAGUGUGAGGAGGGUCCUGUCUGUGAAGGGUCCCACUUGGGAAAUGGGAAAAAGAUGAUGCUAGAGAGACAUGAGAAGAAGAAAUAUGACAUAUGUAUUUAAUUUUGAAUGAUAUCUACAAUAGAUGGACAUGUAAUCCCAUGUAAAC